AUGACGUUCUUUUUGAAUCCUCUUAUCACCACAAGCAUUACAGUGAGGAUGAUUCGGUUAGCUGCUGUUGCUUUCAUGGCAGCUCACCAGAUGAUAUCUGUGAAGAUGCACUGGAGGAAAACUGCAGUAGUCUUGGUUGCAAUGAAAUCCGAGAUAGGCGUCGCCGAGACGGUGCUGAAGCAGUCAAAGCAUCAGUGCAAUACUGGGAAAAUGGCAUCUAUCUACACAGUGAUGAAAUCUGGAGAGCGCCGCGACAAAAUUAUCAGCGAAGAAGGGGUCAUUGGGUUUGACAUGGAGGGAGCAGGAGGAGUGUGGGAUAAUGUUCCAUGCAUCAUGAUCAAGGGGGUGUGUGACUAUGCCGAUAGCCAUAAAAACAAAACCUGGCGAGCCUAUGCUGCAGCAAGUGGUGCUUCAGCUGCCAAAACUUUCUUAGAGUAUUGGAAACCUAUGCCUACAGAAGGGAGAGAACUUUACUGGAUGGCCCCAUUUGAAAGAAAUCCAGGAUUUGUUGGUCAUCAGCAUGAAAUCAACAAAAUGGAAAAUUAUAUCUCUCGGUAUGGACCAAGAAAGAUUGCUAUUUGCGAACUUAGAAAGACUCAAUUUGCCCUGGAGUUGACAUACCGCAUGCGCGAUGAAGAUUCCAGGUGCUCCAUUUUCUGGAUUCUAUGCACUAGUCUUGAGAGUGUCGAGCAAGCAUACAUGACCAUUGCAGAGGCACUGGGGACCCGAGAUGUAGAGUCAGCAGAGGCAAAGAAGCAAGUCAAUAAAAAUCUCAGUCAAACUAAUGCUGGGAAGUGA